UCAAAGGGUUUUUUUAAUUUUUGGGUCGUAGAGAAAAGUUUUAAUUUUUGUAGUUAAGGUUUAAUCAAGUUGCUGAAGUUGUUCCUCUUUAAAUGGAUAAAGAUUCCAUUUUUAUUACCAUUAUUGCAUCUUAUUCUGAGUUACUGUAUUGCUUGAUUAUUUUGUUUGUGUAAUUUAUUUUUGGACUUUGGGCAGCGUUUUAGUUUUCCUAUAAACAGGCAAUAGCAUAGUAGUAUAUGUUUAAGAAUUAGAAAGAAAAGAAUGGAGCCUAACUACCUAAGUAGCUCAGUGAGGAUAGUAUAAGGAUGACGAGUCUAAGAACCGUUUGUGUGAUCCAUGUAGCAAGGCAAUAACAUUCUUGUGCUAUCAAUGAAAUAACAAGCUACUCGAACUAGACAGUAGUGAAAUUAAGCCGGUGAUUUUCCAGUCAAGGGAGGGACAUACAGCCUAGUGGCGCCAUCUCCAACUAUAUGGAUGGGGUGUUUGAGUCAACAAGAGAGAGAAGUAGGAAUGGGCCACUGUUACUCUCCUUGCUAGGGGCUUUUGGGGGAUGGAGGUUUACCCUAUAAUAGAUAAAGGGUGAUUCUCCCGGGAAACUUUCGAGUUAUGCUUUUGGCCAAACAUGUUGAAGUAUCAUUAAUUGCAUGGUCUCUAUUAAAUGCUAUGAGUAAAAUUAGUUAUCUUUGGAGCAAGUAAGUAGAGGGGGCGGGGGAAUGAGGAGGGAACUUGUUUGAUUUACUUCCAUUUGGCGAAGUAAUUAUUUUUCUCCUCCUGUUGCUUGGUACCCUUAGUUCCCUUUUAUUUCCUACCCGAAAAGCCUUAUUUAGGUACUUAACAGGGAGGUGUAAGCCCCGAAAGCCUCUGGUAUGUUGGUAGGGCAAGAGGCCCUUAGGCCCAAAAAAAAAAGGGAUUGAAGCCUAAGUUGCUCGGACUCGGGUGCGGGUAUCCGAUACGGGGACGGAUCCAAGUAUCAGAUUCGGCAAAAUCUAAAUUUUAAGAUUCGGGGGUGCGGAUCCGGAUAUGGAUACGGGUGCGGGGAUUCGGCUAAUAAAAAAUAGAGCUAUAAAAACAUUGUAAAUUUUGGGAGAUAUUCUAUGAAAAACUUACAUUUUCAUUCUCCAACAUGGACAUUAUUCUUUCAUUCUCCUAAAUCUGUUUUAUUUUUUGAUUUCUCAAAAUCAAAAAUCUCAACUUUUCUCCCAAAUUUGUUGAUGGAUUCCGGUCAAAGUUUCCGAAGUCAGUUGACCGAAUCCGGGACAUAUCCCGCUCCCGCUCCCGUCCCCGUAUCGGGACGGGGACGGCACCAAAAUCGAAGAGUCCGCGCAACGUAGAUUGAAGCCCCUCGAUUUCGAUAAUAAUUUCAUGUUUGCUGUUUUAAGUUGGAAUUUGUGACCUUGAUUAUAUACUAAAAGAAAAUAUGUAUGUAAUAAUACAAGAAGCAGUUUUUAUUGAACUAAGGUUUAGCAAUGAAGUAGAAAGAACCCUACGCAAAAUGGGUUUAUUACAUGUAGGUAGUAUUACUAGAAUAUCUUUUGCUUGUUACUGUUAGCGAUCUAUCUUUCUUGGCUUAUCUAUGAAUCUGAGCCAAGGUUAUUGCAUAAGUAGCUGGACCCAAAUUCUCAACUCAAGUUCAAUAUUAAACAAGUAAAGUCCAGACUUGUGAGAUCAUAUGCUUGGGUCAGACCAGAAUGGCUAUUUUGAGACAAUUGGGGCACUUGGGCCAUGAAUCUGUGAUGGUUGACGAAGCAGAGCUAGAGAUUCAUCAGCGGCUUCAAGACUUAUAUAUGUCUACAAGGGCUGCAAAGCAUUUCCAGAGGGAUAUUGUUCGGGGUGUAGAAGGAUAUUUAUCAACGAGUAAAAAACAAAUGGAGAUAGCUAGAAAGUUGUCCGAGAAUUGUUGUAAAUAUGGGAGUGAGAAUCAAAAUGGUCCGUCUACCUUGCCAAGGAUUGCCGUGGAAUUUGGUACUUCACAUGCUGCAAUGGAAGAUCAAAGGGAAAUUAUGCUUGGAGUUUUUGGACAACAGGUUUGUGAGCCGUUAAGAGCAUUAAUACACGGUGCUCCUUUAGAAGAUGCUCGCCAUUUGACUCACCGUUAUGACAGAAUGCGCCAGGAGUUUGAAGCCCAGGCUGCCGAAGUGAUAAGACGCCAAUCAAAGUUUAGAGAUGCUUCUACUGAAAGUUUGGCAAAGCUUAAAAAUGCAGAAACAAGAUUGUCGGAGCUCAAAUCUUCGGUGUUGGUUCUUGGCAAAGAAGCAACUGAUGCCAUGUUAUCUGUUGAGGAGGACCAGCAGCAGAUUACUUUCCAAAAGCUUCUUACCAUGGUCGAUGCUGAAAGAUCUUAUCAUCAGAAUGUUGUUGCCAUUUUGGAGAAGUUGCAUUCUGAGAUGCUUGAAGAAGAGCAACUAAAUGGGUCAUCCCCGCAAUCUUCAACUUCAGAAAGAGUUUUGCAUGAUACAACUUCAAAUGGAACUGAGCAUCCAAAAGCUGAGGAUAAAAGUCCUACCUAUUUUAUUGCAAAGGUUAUACACUCUUUUGAUGCCCAAGCAGAUGGUGAGCUAAGUCUAGAGGCUGGCGAUUAUGUGGUAGUCCGGCAGGUAACUCCAAAUGGAUGGUCCGAGGGAGAAUGCAAGGGUAAAUCCGGAUGGUUCCCCUCGGCUUAUGCUGUAAAGUCAGACAAAGUACCAGCAAACAAAAUGGUGGAAAAGGAUACCACGCCAUGAAACGCUAAUCUACCUUUAUAUCAAGCUCUACUUUUGUAAAUUUCCACUUGUAUAGGUGUUUAAGGAGUUUUACUAUUUUUUUUCUCCUGAUCUAAAUGCAUCAAACAUAUAAUCAAGUUUUUUAUUUGCUGCUGUCCCAA